CAUGUACUCUCAUACUUAUUGAUGUGACAACGACUUAACUGCUUCUGCAACAGGUGUUCUCUUCUCACUAGUAACUCUAAUUAGGAUAUGCUUUAAUUUUUUUAAUAUUUUUCCACCAUAAUUAAAUCAAAUUAAUAGAAAUAUUAAAUAAGAGCAUCCUAAUAGUAAUAUCUAACAAUGGAUCUCCUUUUCCCUCUUAACCCUCUCCUAAAAGCAAAAUAAACCAACCUCUCAACUACCUUAACCACCACCACAAUCUCCCUCUCUACUCUUCCUCUUCUUUCUCUCUCCUAAGGAACAAAAUGCAAAGUCUCUCACCUCUCCAUCUCCUUCCCCAUUCACCAAAAUCCAAACUUUUGAGCAACUAAAUCCUACCCUUUUUCCCAAACAAACAAACAAAACAAAAUCCAACACCCCCACUUCUUCCUUCCUCCCAAAACCCCACCUUUCCCCUUCAAACUCCACAAAAAACACAACCCUAAUUAAAAAAAACCAACCUUUCUUCUAUUCUAGUUUCCACUUUCAAUGUGGCAACCUUGGAACAAACCACGUUCCUCAUCCUUUUCAUGUUCUUCCUUCAAAGACAUUCAAACCCUAAUAUUAGAUGAACCCUCCACCACCAAACCCAAACCCUCAAUUUUCCACCGGGUCACACUCGCCAACAAGCUCCUCCGAGCAUGGUCAAAUCACCCCAAACUUACCUCACGCGCCUCCGACGAAGUCCCACGCGCCUCCCAGCCGCAACCCCUGCCCUCCAUCCCUCGCUCGGAGCAGCGCGUAGUGGUGUACUUCACGAGCCUGCGCGUGGUCCGCGGCACGUUCGAGGACUGCAAAACGGUGCGUUCCAUCCUGCGCGGAUUCCGCGUCGCGCUGGACGAGCGCGACGUUUCGAUGGACUCGGGUUUUCUCGCGGAGCUCCGUCGGGUCACGGGUCGCAAAACGGGUCUGACUCUUCCUCGUGUGUUCGUCAACGGAAGGUACGUGGGUGGUGCCGAGGAGGUACGGUGGCUGCACGAGAAUGGCGAGCUCAGGAAGCUCCUCGAAGGUCUGCCCGCAACAGAUUCUCAUCUUCGCGCUUGCCACGUGUGCGACGAUCACAGGUUCCUGCUGUGCGGGGAAUGUUCCGGUGCGCGCAAGGUAUACGCGGAGAAAGGUGGGUUCAAGACGUGUACCGCGUGCAACGAGAGUGGCCUAAUCAGGUGCAUCUCUUGUUCUUGCUGACCAUGUGCACCUGCACCUCUUUCUCUUUCUCUCUCUCAUGAUUCAUGAUGAUCUUUUUCUCGUCUCAGUGUGUGUGAGAGAGUGACACCUAAUUAAUAAUUAAAAUUAAAAAAAUAGAGAAUGGAGGUGUCAGUUAUGUCAACAAAAAAUAAUAAAACAUUUUUUUUUAACAUUUAAGUGUAGAUUUGUGGAUUAUCUUAUUCAGUUUUAUAGUUUAUGGGCUUGUAAGAAAUGCGUAGGCCCAAUAGGUGUAGAUGAAUGGGAUUUGAGUUUCUGCCUCUGAAAUUGGAGUUUUUUUUGCUAACUUAAACUAUGCUGUUUACUUUACGUAAUCACAUUCUGUUUUUCCUUCGUUUAUAUGUUAUCUUUGAAUAGAAAUCAAACUAAGUUAAUUUAUGUAACAACUAAUAAAUGAUUUCGUUUUUAUCCUCAAAUGUAUGCAAUUAAUAGAAAAAAUGACUCCAAACUUCAAAUUGCUCCUUAGGUAACACUACUUGGCUAUUGUACGCAAACGACAUCGUUUAGUUUGCUCAUAUUAUAUUCUUACAAAUUUUAUUU